UCCUAUCUGUUAAAUGUGAAUUUCCAAUGUUUUACAUGUGUUUAUUUAGAUUGAAUGCAAUUGAUUAAUGUUAUAAAUGUAAUGUAAUACUGUUACUUAUUAGCAAUUCAGUGGUUUCUACUUUUGGCAAGGGUUGAGGAUGUUAGUUGAUGUAAUAUUUUGACUUCUGUGCGUGUGUCUUUGUGUAGACACAAAAUAACUCACCCUUGUCUGUUAUACUUGUAUAUGGUCCUCUGCUUCACCUGCUUUGAAUUGGUUCAUGGUGAUUGCAAUUUUAGUAUCUUGUGUUUUUUACUUAUUUACUUUUGCAAAUAUCCAUUGAGCCAUUUAGCAUGUCCCUCUUCUAAAAAUUAAGAUAUAUUUUCAACAUGGAUUUUAAAACAGGUAUUGGAUCAGAUUGACAAUUGGUUUUAGAGAAAUUAUCCUUCUGAGUGUAAAAUUUUUUUUGGUGUUUUGGCUUUUUGCUGCAUUUCUUGAUAGUUAUAUUCUAUUAUUGUUGGCAAAAGCUUAUGUACAUAUAUGUGGGUUUUACAUUUACUGUUUUAAUGUCUAUGCCUGGUUUGUGAUUAUUUGAUGUUAUAACCGAUGUGUUUGUUUUUUUUCAGUUGUCAUUUAUAAAGGACCCUAUACCAAUUGGAAGGUCCUUGUAGUAACACUAGCAGAUUGGAUUAGGGUGGAUUUGCAUUUUCAAUACCUGGACAGCUAAGACCAUAGUAUUUACUUAAAUUGGCUGGACUGCAAAAUUGUUUUCAUUCAAGGGUUGCAUAUGCAAAAUGUUUUUGAUAUGUACUCUAGGAGAGUUUAUCCAUAUGCGUAUCAUAUGUCUGGUGCUUGUUGCCAUUGGAGUUUGGAUGUUCACCCAAACAAGGGGAGAAAAAAGAAGAGGCAAAAUUAGAAUAAUGAAGAAAGAAAACAGAACUAAGGAGACCUUGCUCACUGCUGCAGCUGGUGAUCAUGCUAGGUUGGAAGCUAUUUUUUCCCAAGAAAGUUGGUUCACCAAGGAAGACUGAGAUCAUGUUCAUUGCACCAACUGGAGAGGAGAUUAAUAACAGAAAACAAUUGGAGCAGUAUCUGAAAUCGCAUCCUGGUAAUCCUUCAAUAACAGAAUUUGAUUGGGGUACUGGUGAGACCCCUAGAAGAUCAGCGAGGAUCAGUGAAAAGGCCAAGGCUACUCCAACACCAGAGAAGGAACCCCCAAAGAAGCGAGGCCGAAAAUCAUUGAGUGGAAAGAAGGAAGACAAAGAAACAGCAGCUGUUCCUGAAAAAUCUGAGGGUGAGAAAGAGAGUGAAAAGGAAGAUACACAAGCCACUGAGAAGGAAACUGCAGAAGGUGAAAAAGAAAGAGAUACUUCCAUUGAAAAUGGAGGUAAAACGCUAGCAGCUGAUCACACUGCAAACAUGGAUGCCAAGAUGGAGGAUGCUGGGCAAGAAGAAGCUGGCAAAGAUGGUAAGAUACCAGAAACUGCAGAGGAUGAUAAAAAAGAAGAGGCUGCUGGUGCUGAAGAAACCCCAACUCCUAUGGAAGUUCAAGAGAAACCUGCAGAAGCUAGUUGCAUUGAUGCAAUUCAAACUGAAAAAGAAGAGGAAGCCCCUAUUGAAAAGGUUCCUGAAACUCAGGCUGAGCAAGAGAAUGGUACGUGUGAGAAACAAUCAGAAAAGCCAGAAACUGCAACAUUGGAAGCUAAUGGGGGAGUGGAGAAAGAGAAGCCAAAGGGAGCAAUCCCCAUAUCUGAGGGAGAGGCCAGACAGAAAGGUGUACAGGAGGUUGCUGGCAAGUGUAAUGUUCAGUUAGAGGAGAAAGGCAAGGCAGUAGAUGCGGAGGUGAUUGAAAAUGGUAAGGUUAAACCAAGUGGGCAAACUGAUGCCCCACAACCUCCUGGGCCUGCUCCUGUAAGCUGCUAAAUAUACCAUCUAAUAUCCUAGCUAUCCUGUGGUACUGUCUUUUUUGUAUUUGCCCUUGUAACCUCUAUGAUUCUAUGGAUGACUCUAACAUUUAUGCUGUUGAUGCUAGAUUUGAUUGUAAGUAGGGAAAUCAACCUGUAUCCCUGUUAGAAGUAGGUUUCAAACAUUGCAGCUUUUGUUACUUUGUGCAGAACUUGGAUUGUAGGCACUUGGAACUCAUGACUUACGGUUGGUGGCUCAAGUUUCAAAUUGGGCAUAACAUGUUAUGUGGCAUAGAUUAACUGCAUUGUGUA